AUGACGUCCGUUUUAGAGCAGACCCGAGCCGCCCAGGAGGCGUGCGAAAUAAUAGAAAAGACUCUCUCCAAAGUUCUGCAGGAGCGAGCCGCCUAUCCCGACAGCGCGCGAGUGCAGGUCGCCUGCGAGGGCUACAUGCGACUCCUGAUCGAUGAGACCAGCAAAAACGCGAAAGACGCCCUCGAAUUGUACGAAGAUAAGGACAAUCUGCGAGCGGAGGAAUGCGACUUUCUAGCGGGAAUCGAUCCGAAGAAACCGGAAAACACCAUCUGGAACUCCUUUUACGAGAAAAUCAAGGAAGUACUUACUACCUCGAGUCUGGUUUUUGUUUUCGGCUAUGUCGCUUUUCUGCGAACAAGCUGCGUAUCUGUCAUUACCAGUACUGUGUUUGUUCCGUGUUGCAGCUCCGGUGCCUGUCUGUAUCGUCGUCGUCUUCGUUGGCCGCGCUCGUUGUAUCCAUCAGCUCCUCGUAAAUUUCGAAAUUCAUGAUCACAGAGAAAUUAUUACUUAUAUUAAUUUCUGGCAAAAUUUUUUUCUUCACAGGUUAAAACCUACCACCGAAAAAACCCGAUCGCCGGAGGGAUACCAGAGCGACGGGACCCCAUCUGGUAUUACAACCGGGCCAAGGAACAGGACCAGACGGAUGCGAGCUUCUCUGCCGAAGAAGCGUUCGGAAAGCGCGUCGAUUUACACGUCCUCUACAACCAAUUCAUCAACUGGAAAAAAUACCGAGAUGUGCGCGAGAAGAAGUACCGGGAUGAAGUGAAGGUACUGAAGUAGAGAUGGUGCACCGAUAAUUUCCUGACGGUUUAUGCCAUUUUUGACGUCGAUGCAGCAGCCUAAGUAGUUCCCCGCACAGCUUUCCCUCUGUUUUUGAAGGGCACAACAAACUUGCCGACAAUUUUCUCUCUCCUAUUUCGAAAUGAAAUUAUCCAUUAUCAAAAACAGACGCGACUUCUUCGCAACAACAAGGAGCUGGACCUCAGUGAUCCAGAGAUACAAAAGAAGCUCGCGUUCGUGGAACUCGAUUAUGUCAAGUGGCUCCAAACAUUUCACGAGUUUUGGGACAUUCCACGACACUGCAAGUACCGCGACAACCAGUAUCGCGCCUAUCUGCAGCAGGUGAACGCGUAUCUGGAAUCCUUCGUGCAGCGGGCGCAACCACUGCUGGACCUGCCUGAAAUAAUUAAAAAGUAUACGAUUUUUAGUUGCUGCGGGUUUGAUGUUUCGACCAUGCCAUUCCAAACUCGCUCCAAUUAUAUGCGAUGAAAUUUCAAUUUUGACAUGGCAGUAAAUGGCUUCAAUAUGCACCUGGAAACUUGAUGAACCAAACAGGUCCGAAUCGGAUUUCAGCUUUGAAUGGGAGAAGGGCCAAAAGCGAGGCUGGGAAGAGCCGACGUGUAAAAUGCCGCUCUACGCGCGCGCGACGGACCGGCUCUGCGCAAACGAAGCCACAAAAGCAUCUCACGAGAAGAGCAAAGCGUAUUAUAGUUUGAUUUUGUUCAUCCUGAAUGCGAUUUUUGCUUUUGAGUGGUUGUGAGUAAACACUGUGCAGCACCAGCACGUUCUUGGCAAUGGAACCUCCAAUGGUCUACCAGAAUAAGUAAAUGCUGUACGGAAAAAAAAAUAAAAUUCUAAACAGGUACAUGAAAAAGCUGAGCCAGAUGACCAGCCUGGGGCCGGAAGACAUCGAGCAAUUCGAGUUUGACAGUCGGAAUGAGGACCGGGUAAUCGCGGCGAUGGAGCACAAGUGCCACAAGCUGUUGGACCUGGUGCAGGACCAGGUGCGCGAGGCGGUGAACAUCUGCCAACUGAAGCAGUCCAUGACCGAGGACGAGUACGCCGAGCACAUGGAGAACGAGCAGGCCAUGUUCGAGAAGCAGGCCCAAGACCUCGCCGCGGAGGACGGAACGGGCACGAGGAAGAAGGACGACGAGAAGCUAUCACAGUGAAAAAAGCCCCCACGACCCCGGAAGCUGCAGAAGUUUCUGAUGCAAAAUGAAACUUUUGUCUUGCAUGAAAGGACUAUAAUGAGUCUUUCUGGUGCAGUAGAAUCUGACCCCGCAAGAACGCAUCUUUUGUUGCAUCACAGGCCUGGCUGUUGCUGGGUUCUGUUGCAACACAAAUUUGAGCUAUUCAGCAUUCAAAGUUUGUGAUGCUGCUGUCUGCAAGACGGGGAGUGUUUACAUUGGAAAGGUUUGCAAUACAACUGCUGCCAAUUUCUGGGGUGUGGGGGCAUUUUUUCUUGCGACAAAAGCCCGAGGACGAGGACAACAGCGACAACGAGAGCGUUCAGUCCGAGGACCGGGCCAUUUACAACCCGCUGAAAUUACCCAUCGGCUGGGACGGCAAACCCAUCCCCUUCUGGCUCUAUAAGCUGCACGACAUGGGGCGCGAGUACAAGUGCGAGAUCUGCGGGAACCACUCCUACUGGGGCCCCCGCGCCUUCCACCAACACUUCUCCGAGUGGCGACACGCAAACGGCCUGCGCGCCUUGAAAAUCCCAAACACAAAACACUUCGCCGAGGUAUAUUUCUUGUUUCGGAAAAAAAAUUUUGCAGUGUUGAUCCUUUGUCUCGCGUUCUUCGUGGAGACGGCCAGGUUCUUCAUGUAAAAGUCGUCUGUUUGCGCUUGCAUUUUUGGAACUUAGACCGCAUUUUGCUAGGUGGAUUAAGCAAGAUGAUGAAGUGCCAUUACUUACACAAAAAAAAACUUUAAACAGAUAACGAAAAUCGUGGACGCAGUGGCGUUGUGGGAAAAGCUCAGAAAAGAAGCCGGCGCAACGCAGUUCGAACAGGACGGUCAGGAGUGCGAGGACGCAUCCGGCAAUGUAAUGACCAAACGAGCGUAUGAUGACCUGAGAAGACAAGGACUGGUCUGA